UGUCAAUGUUAAUUGUCGUGUCACUUGUCAGUGUGUAGCAGCCAACAGAUCAAUAGAAAAUAAUUUUUUAAAAGAAUUUGAUAAAAAUAAAACUAAUUUAAUCAUGUCUGACGAAGAGGAGGUCGAAGAAAAACCAUUUGCAAUAGAACGAGCUAAACAGGGUCGUGCUGUAUGUAAGAAAUGCAAACAAAAAUGUUUACAGGGAGAAUUGAGGUUAGCCAAAUUGGUUUACAAUCCCUUUGGUGCCGGAAAAAUGAAAGCUUGGCAUCAUAUUGAAUGCCUUUUCGAAGCUUUUCUAAAACAACGUAAGACAACCAAACGCCUUGAUAGUCCAGACGAAAUUGAUGGAUGGAGCGAUUUAGAAGAAGACGAACAGGAUGAUAUAAUUAAUCGUAUUAAAGAUAUGAAUAAAUUUUUUGGGGUUACAUCAACUGCUUCAACAACUGGAACUAAUAAAAAGAAAAAUGAUUCUGUUCAAAGCAAACAGGAACCUGCUAAAGCGAAUAAAGAUAAAACAAAAAAAGAUAAAGCAGAAAAAACGAAUAAAGAUAAAGCAGAUAGGAAUAAAGAUAAAUCAGAUAAUAAAGAUGAGGCAAAUAAAACGAAAAAAAAUCAGUCAUUUAAGGAAUUCCGGAAAUUAGUUGCAGAUAUUACAAACACAGAUAGUUAUUUGGACAAAACGAGGUGUGUAAAAGAAACUUUCUCAAAUAUUUUUCCUGGUUCAUCUGAUAAAGAUGAUAUAAUUUUGUGGUGUAGGUUAUUACUUCCUGGUGUAGUAAAGAGAGUUUAUAACUUACAAAGUAAACAGUUAAUUAAACUAUUCAGCAGAUUGUUCAACACUGAUCAAGAUGAUAUGCUAAAUCAUCUAGAAAAAGGUGAUAUUGGAGAAACCAUUCAAGAAUUUUUUGAAGACAGUACUAAAAUUAAACCAGCUAAAAAGUGUACAUUGACUGUAGUAGAAGUAGAUAAAUUUUUAGAUCAACUCUCAGAACUGACUAAAGAAGAAGACCAAGUAGAUCAUUUUAAAACUUUUGUGCCAAAAUGCACCUCUAAUGAUUUAAAAAUGGUAAUUCGAUUAAUCAAAGGGGAUUUGAGAAUGGGAGCUGGUGCUAAGCACAUUCUAGAAGCAAUACAUGAAAAUGCUUAUGAAAAUUAUCAAACUUCCAGAGAUUUAGAUGCCGUUAUCAUGAAAUGUCUAAGUGGUACUAUUACUACUAGUAGUACUAAGUCAAUGAAAGGAAAUGUGAUUUUGUUAACUCCAGUACUACCAAUGUUAGCUGAAUCAUGUAAAUCUGUAGAACAAGCUAUGAAGAAAUGUCCAAAUGGAAUGUAUUCUGAAAUUAAAUAUGAUGGGGAGAGAGUCCAAAUUCAUAAAUGUGGACCAGAAUUUAAAUAUUUCUCUAGAUCAUUAAAACCUGUUUUACCUCACAAAGUCCAACAUUUUAAAGAGUAUAUUACCAAAGCUUUUCCAAAAGCAGAUGACAUCAUUUUAGACAGCGAAAUUUUGAUGGUAGACACAACAACUGGAAAGCCUUUACCAUUUGGAACUUUAGGUAAACACAAAAAAACUGAAUUUAAGGAUGCAUCCGUUUGUCUUUUUGUAUUCGAUUGUAUUUUCUUUAAUGGAGAAAGUUUAAUCAAACGACCUUUAAGUGAAAGAAAACAAUUUCUUCAAGAUAAUAUGAUAGAAAUUCCAAAUCAUAUAAUGUUUUCUGAACUGGAAGAAAUCCACAAGAAGGAAGAUUUAUCAAAAAUGAUAGCUAAAGUGUUAAAAAUGGGCUUAGAAGGUUUAGUUUUGAAGGACAUUAAAAGUAUAUAUGAACCUGGAAAGAGACAUUGGUUAAAAGUUAAGAAAGAUUACCUAUUUGAUGGCGCAAUGGCAGACAGCGCAGAUCUAAUAGUGUUAGGUGCCUGGUAUGGAACAGGAAAGAAGGGAGGAAUGAUGUCAGUGUUUCUUAUGGGUUGUUAUGAUUCUAAAAGUGACAAAUUUUGUACAGUAACUAAAGUACAUACAGGACAUGAUGAUAAAACAUUAGAAAAACUACAAUCUGAAUUAGACAUGAUUAAAAUUAAACAAGAACAAUCAAAAGUACCUAAUUGGUUAAAAUGCACUAAAACUAUGAUACCAGAUUUUGUAGCUAAAGAUCCUAAAAAACAACCCAUUUGGGAAAUUACUGGCGCUGAAUUUACUAAACAUGAUGUACAUACAGCAGAUGGAAUAUCAAUUCGGUUUCCUAGGGUGACAAAAAUACGUGACGAUAAAGAUUGGAAAACGGCUACAAACCUUAAAGAACUAAAUAAGUUAUAUACAAAUUCCAAAGAGAAUCCCGAUGUUAGUAUGUUGGUGAAGGGUUUGGAUAAUUCAAGUAGCCAAAGUUCGAAGGAUGUUAAGUUAAAAAGAAAACUUGAAGAAGAUACUGACAGCGACGAUAAAAUUAGCACUCCUAAAAAAAAGAAAGUUGCAAAUCAAACAACAAAUGUAAAGGAGGUGAAAGGUGUGGAUAAUUCAAGUAGCCAAAGUUCAAAAGAUGUUAAGUUGAAAAGAGAACUUCAAGAAGAUACUGAUAGCGACGAUAAAACUAGCACUCCUAAAAAAAAGAAAGUUGCAAAUCAAACAACAAAUGUAAAGGAGGAGAAUGCUUCUAAACCAGAAGAACGCACUGAUUCUAAACAAGAAGAAAGUACUGCUUCUAAAGUAGAAGACAUUUCAGAUGAUAAACAACUAUUUGCAGGUGUAAAAGUUGUUUUGGCUGAUGAACUGAAAAAAAGUGAACACAAAGACAUAAUCAAGCAGUUUACUAAGAACGGGGGGACAAUUCUUUCAGAAGACGAGUCCGAGCAGGCAACAUAUGCUUUACAUUAUUACAAUGUUAUCAGAGAACCAGUUUUAAAUUGUUCUUACACUAUUAGGCAUCUAAGUUUUGAAUGGGUUAAAGAUUCCAUAAAAGAAGGUAGCUUAAUGGACUAUAAGUCGUACACUGUACAAUGGAAUCCAGAUGUUUGAACAACCAGUAGGGUCUGGAGUAUUUUUCAGACCAGAAAAUUUGAGCUCGGUGAUUUCUUAUGGGAUGUCCUGAAAUUUGCUUAUUAUGGCGGCGUAAGGCUUGGAGUAGAAGUGACUAUAAUGUCAAGCUUUAAAACUCAUAAUCUAUAUAUACCAUAGGAAUAAGCAGGAAUAUUUUUAAAUGGAAACCUAUUUAAUUUAUUAGCAACACAGCUACAACUUCUUUUGAACAUUUUCAAUAUUUAAUUUAUAUUAUUUAUUAUAAAUUUUACAUUCUUAUAACAAUAAAAGUAAUAUUAGAAGUAAGAAAUAAAAAUAAAUGCAUUCUGAAUUUUACCUAUCAAUCGGAUUAAGUCUGGAGCGUAACAUUUGAAUAUAAAUAACCUUUGUCAACAUACGUCAGUAUAUAGUUAGAUAUUUGAGAUAUAAAUCGGUGUUUAAUAUAAAUUAAUGUAAAUAGGAAUAUAAAAUAAAUAUAUUGUUUAAAGAAACGUUACUUAUGUAAAAUAAAUAGUGGGUAAAAAUGGCUAAAAAACUAUGUGAUUUAAAAGUGACGGAGUUACGCUGGAAACUAGAUAUUUCUUAGAAAAUAAAGUUUCCUCUGAUAUGACUUUUAUAAAAAACGAAAUGUCUUCUGUAGCCUGAAAAAAUAGAAGAAAUAGAAAAAACAGAAAGGAAAGAGUUGUGAAACAUUAAAAAAAGGCAAAGGACGAUGAAAUAAAGAUAGAGUCAAUGCUGAAACUUGAAG